AUGAAAUCCUUUGCUACCCAAUUGGCCAAGAACGCUUCAGUUCAAGGUUUAGCGGAUGAUGCUAUUGACUUUGCACAAGCAUCUGGUGUUGUACAACGAACAAUGAGAAACGGAGAAAUAUUGAAGACUUCCACCCAUGCCCCAUUUACUCUGUAUCCAUCGUUGUUCCCUGCAAGUGCAUAUCAUCUGACCAGGAGUAUUCAGAACGAUAUACAUUUAUUGUAUCACAAAGUCAGUCGGGACAUGGAAUUUCUAGGCGAGGUUCUAAAAAGUACAAUUGCUGCCGAUGAUUUUGUGAGCAAUCUUUUCGAAAUUGCUAAGCUGGCUCAGGCGAGUAAUUCGACACAGAAAGUUGAAAUUGGUGCAUACCGUUCCGAUUACAUGAUACAACAAAGCUAUUCGAAAAAUGCGUCAAACGCGAAGCUAUCUACUUUACCAAAACAAAUUGAAAUAAAUACAAUGUCAGCUGCUUUGUGGGGGCUUUUUACGCAUAGGAUGACAAGCCUUCACAAAUACAAUCUAAGAAAUGCAGGCAUAUCAUGUGACAAACUAAACAUGCCUGAAAAUGGUGCCUUGGAUGGUAUAGCAAGGGUUAUGGUGGAAGGAUGGAAAAAAUACGGAAAUCCAAAAGCAAUGUUUGUGUUUAUGGUUUUCCAAGACGAAAUGAAUAUAUAUGACCAACGUGCAAUAGAAUAUGCCAUGUAUGAAUACGAUCCUGCUGUUAGAGUACAAAGGAAAGUAUUUGAUGAUUGUAUAUCAACAACAAGAACUGAUCAAGAUGGAAAACUUUUCAUAGACGAGGAAGAGGUCGCGGUGGUGUAUUUCAGAACUGGAUACAGUCCUCGCCACUUUCCAACACCAAUGCAUUGGGAAGCAAGAAAGACCAUCGAAAUGAGUUUAGCUAUAAAAUCGCCCAGCGCUGCUCACCAGUUAGUAGGUUGUAAGAAACUGCAAGAGGUUUUAGCGAGGCCGGGAGUUUUGGAACGAUUUCUUGAAGACAAAGGAACGAUUGAAAAACUUCGCUCCACAUUUGCAGAGAUGCAUUCUCUUGAUAUGAAUGAUGCUGGAGAUACGGCA